AUGUUCAACUCCGGUGUUGUGUAUUGUCUUUUCCUUGCAGUGUUCUUAAAGAAUGCUUCGGCAAUAACUGAUGAGCUAAAAGCCCAUAUAGAAGCAAAGUUCUUGACAGUAGGCGCAGAAUGUAUUAAAGAACACCCUCUAACGAUCGAGGAUCUAUCUGCUUUUAAGAGCAGAGUAUUCCCCGAUGGUGAAAAUGCUGGAUGCUUCUCAGCUUGUAUUUUCAACAAACUUGGAUUGUUUGACGAUAAGGGUACACUAUCCCACCUAACAGCCCUAGAAAAUGCCAAGAAAGUGUUUGAAGAUGAAGAAGAAUUGGAAAACAUUGAAAAAUUCCUAACCACUUGUGCUAAAGUAAACGACGAAGAAGUGUCUGAUGGAGAAAAGGGCUGCGAGAGAGCAAAAUUGGCAUACAAUUGCUUCAUCCAAAAUUAUGAACAACUCGGAUUUGACCUCGAGUUUUAA